UAAAAUGAAAACAAACCCCGCCGGUUUUUUUUGUUUUGCUUUUUUUAUCGGCAAUAUAAUGCAUCUAUUUCUCAUGCUUGUGUUUUAAAUGUAAGUCAGAGUCGAUGAACGAACAGCCAUGAGGCGGGAAACCAAAGCCGAGGAGCGAACUCAUCAAACCGGGGAGAGGAGAAACGCGCGAGCGGCAAGCUAACGGUAGCUCGGCUUCAGACAGCUUCUGCUCGUCAACUGUCGUGAUGGGCUCUAGACGAGUCCGCCGCUGCUUUAUUGUGCAGUAAACGAGCAGCCGCUGACAACAGCAUAUGUAAGCUACUCUAUCAAUAAGGACCCUCGUUGGUCCGCGAGCCUAUACUUGGUCCACCAGUGGCUCGCUUUGCUUGCUCAUCGGCCCAGAUGGGGACGUGCCGGCGUGGCCCUCUCAUGUGAGACGACGCGCUCCAUCAUGGAUGACUCGGACCAGGACUUUGUGGACCUCUACUCGAGGCCGUUGAAACGAGUCCGCAAGAAACCGGUUGAGUCCAGACCGCCGAGCGACGGAGAGAAGAGGCGGGGGGACCACCGGAGAGGGCCGCACGGGGACUCCGGGUCUCGUGCCGCCGCGGACCGGCGUGUGGUCUGCGGAGGAGGGACCGGACACCACGCGGGAGAUGCCGAGUCGUCCGCUGUGCCCUCGGCAGCAGAACCGGAACCAGAACCGAGCUGUUCGCUGGCGAGAGACAAAGUGCUCCACCGGAUGCAGCAGUUCAAGAGAGCCGGUCCGCAGAGGAUGGUGCACAAGGACCAGGGUCAUCCCGAUGGCGUCCCUCCUCCUCCUCCUCCUCCUCUGACACAAAUACAUGCUCAAUGUGACUCGUGUCUUUGUGUGUCGGGACCCAGAUCCUCCGCACUCUUCCGGUUCAGGUCUCCGCCCGGGGCCCCCGGACAGCGACGAGGCUCUGGCCCUGCGGCUGCAGCGGCAGCUGGACAGGGAGGCGGCCGAGGCCCAGACGGCGGACCUGGAGGACCGCGGCCUCUUCUUCUGUCAGAUCUGCCAACGAGAUCUGUCACGCAUGACCCCCGAGGGGCGAGCGCAGCAUCUCAACCGGUUUGGACUUUUAUUUCUUCUAAAUUGUCUGCGUUUUUUUUUUUACCGAUGCUUUUUUCAUCCGGAGUGAAGCGGACUGACGCUCUGAAGGCGAUCCCUCUCUGCAGGUGUUUGGAUGACAGCGAAGGGAACGCUCCGGCCCCGCCUCCUCCGCCUCCCGGUGUCCCCGACUGUCCCAUCUGCGGCCAGAAGUUCAAGUCCCAGAAGAGUCGCUCGGCCCACCUGAAGCGCUGCUCCUCGGACAUGGGCGUCGCUCCGGCCGUGCUGCUGCAGGCUCUGCAGAGGCAGACCGAGGAAGCCCAAAGCGCCCCCAGAGGUCACGCGCUCCCGCAGGCUGGCGGCACCAAGAGAAAAGGGUCGUCCAAGCCGGGCCUGCCGGUGAGGAAGAGGCCGAGGAAGAAGACGGCGCCCCUGGACGAAGAGGCCAUGGUGGCCCUGGCGUUGUCCUCCUCCCUGCUGGACCAGGAGCAGCGGGCCAAGAGAUCCCAAACUAACGCUGCUGCCUCGCACAUCGCCAUGACGACAGCAUUGAAGGGGACAGACACAGUUAAGAGGCGCAGGAAGAGGAAAAAGGGCGGCGCCCCUCGCCCUCCUCCGCUCCUCCUCGUCCAGGAGGCGGAGGCGGCGCUGGCGAGGCUGCAGGGGCGCGUCUCUGCCCUCCUCCUGCGCAGCCGCGCCCCCUCCCCCCCCACCCCGCCCCGCCGCCCCAGCAGACUGCCCGGCCGGAGCGCCGCUGCCGUCCUCUGGCAGAAGAGCACGCUGCUGGGCGGAGCCUCCGUCCGUCUGUCUGACUUCUACACCCCCGAGCUCCGGGAGUUCAUCGCGCCGUGGGAAUCGGCAGCGACGGAUGCAGCCUCCUCCAGCCUCGCCGACGGGCCUCAGCCUUACGUCCAACCGGUGAGUGAAGGGACCCCCGACCCGGAGACCGGGGCCUCCCAGAUGUCCUCCUCUCCGCCGGCUCUCUCCGCCAGCCGGGCGCUCCUCCUGGACCUGAUGGAGCUGGCUGAAGAUGGCCUGACCCUCACCCAGUGUGGUCACCCUGCGUCAGGCCCUGACCACGAUGAGCGGGCCGGUCAGAUCUCAAACCCUCGCCUGAGCGGCUUCGUCCUGGAGGAGUCCGAGGAGCCGGCCGAGCUCCGUGCGAGCGGCUUCCUGCCAGAACCGAGGAGGGGGACGACGGCUCGGUCCCCCGAGCGGGGCGGCCACCGCUCGGUGGCGCUGUCCAGACUGGCCUCCGACCUGAGCAGCUUGGUGAACAACCCUCAGCUCAGUGACCUGCAGCUGCAGGUGGACAGUGGAGAGGUCUACUCCGCUCACUCCGUCCUGCUGUAUGCUCGAUGCCCCCUGCUGGCAGAAAUGGUCCAUGAAAGUGGUUUUGGGGUGCAGGAGGAAGGCGGGCCUGCCGUCCAGCGAGUGUUGCUGAACGACGUCCCGGGCCGGGCGGUGUUGGCCCUGCUGCAGUUCCUCUACACGGCCCGCUGCUCCGUCCCGGCGGCGCUCCGGACUCACGUGCUGGAGCUGGCCUCUCGGUUUGACUUGCAGGAGCUACAACGGCUUUGCGAGCAUCACCAACGGGACCCGGAGACUCUGGGAGGUGAGGAAGACCACGGGAACCAGGAGGAGAACCACCAGGAGGAGAACCACCAGGAGGAGAACCAGCAGGCCUUCGCGGAGCUGCUGCGCUCCAUGUGGGACGGAGAGGAUGAAGACGAGGGCCCCGGUGCAGAUGGAGGACGGCACGAAGAGGGGGAGUCGGAAGACCAUCGGGCCGACGACCUCGCGUCACGGGACCGGGAGAUCCGCGAGGAGAACGUGAACGAGGAAGAGCUCGAGGAGAUCUACGAGUUCGCCGCCACGCAGAGGAAGAGGGAGGAGGAAGAAGACAGCACUGAGGAGGAGGAGGAGGAGGAGGAGGAGAAGGGGGACGAGGAAGAGGACGGAGAGAAAGUGUUCACGAAACCGGCGGAACCCCAAAGAAGUCCGCCGGGCCUCGGCCUGGAUCUCAGCUACAGCCGCCUCUUCUCAGACUCCUGGGGGGUCUCCGCGGGGCCUUCCUCCUCACCCUCCUCUUCGGCCCCCGCUAAGACCCCCCCCCCUCAACCCUCAUCUGGACCCUCUUUGCUUCGGUCCUCAGCGAGCGUGGUUGACGACCUUUCCGCGUCCAGCCUGCCUGUGCUGGGUCGGUCUCCGGGUCCAGCGGGUGACCGGGGCGGCGCCGGAGACGAGGGGACGGAGGAUCCGGCGUUGAAGUGCACCGGUCCUCGUGGCGUUUGGGUCCCUCUGGACAAUCAGGACCCUGAGCUCAUUGUGUUGUCCGACUCCAGCGAGGAGGUGGAGGUGUUUCCCCCCCGCAGUCCUUCGCCACAUCCCUCUGGCGCCGUCCAGAAGCCGCAGAGCUACACCCAGUUAAAACCUCCGCCGGUCCCGGAACCCGACGAGCAGAAGAACCGGCCCAGGAGUUUAGAGCGGAGUCCCGAUGACCCGUCUGCGGCGCCAGCUCAAAUCCAUCUGGACCCCUGGUCUGAGCAGGAUCCAGCGGACUGUUCUCCAGAACUGUCCUGGCUGAUCCCGUCCACGCCGGUCCAGCCCGGGAGACGCACCGCGACCGGCGCCACGCAGACUCCGAGCAGCGUGUGCCGGACGCAGCUGUUCCCUAAAGGCGAAGCUUCCCCCGCUUCGCCGAUUGUCACCAACCGAGUGCAAACCUCCCACAGCCCUGACUCCGCCCCCGUUUGCCCACCAGGGGGCGGAGCUCCCCCGUUGAUGCUGGACGAGACUCGCCGCUCCAGCGUCGACCUCGACUUCUGUUCCCAGAGCCCUGAGCUCUCGCGCUCGCCGCCCUCGAAGCGGGAAGCGCGCCUCUGCGUGCGGCCGCCGCCGUGCAGCAGCACGCCGCUGCACACGGAGCUCCGCGGGGGCCCCGCCCCUCUGCGCGGCGACCCCGAGGAGAGUCGGACAAGUCCAGGAAAGGACGGGGCGCCGCCCGAGAGCCCGGAGGAGACGGAGUUGGGGAGCUUUCGCCUUUCGCUCGCGUCUGACCCCUCGCAUCCGCCCUCCUCCUCCUCCGGUGGCGGAGGUCUUCGGGGGUCACGGAGGCAGAGCGGAUCCUCCGGUCGGAGCCGUCGCUCCGCGGGGUCCAGCGGUCACGACGACACUGGGUCUGAGCUCAAGGGGAGAGGAUUAGGAAAGGACAGGGGAGAAGGAGAGAGGGGAGGAGGAGAGAAAGACACGGGUGAUGAGGGCGAGCAGGAGGACGCAGCGGAGGGCGAGGCGGGUGUUGCCCAAUCCAGUUUCCAGCGGCGCUCCGUGGACGAGCCCCCCAUGGCGUUCGGCGACUCGUGGGGCCUCGACGCCGUCGACCUGGAGGUGACCCCGGGCUGCUUCAGCCUGAGGCUGGAGGACAGCGGAGCGUCCAGCCAGCAGGGUCAACGAGACGCAGCCAGGUCGUCCUCCGCUGCCGGCCGCCGUGUCCACCUACCGGACGGUCAUGUGACCUCCUCCCCUCCCCCCUCAGCCCACAGCGCACAAGCCCGUGGGGGCGUUUCCUUCACCCCGUCGCCUCCUGACCCCUCCAGCCAGACCACCCCAGAGGUCAUCAACAGCCUGCUGGGCUCCAACAUAUGGGACAGCUGGGAUGAGGAAGAGGAGAAGGCUCCUCCUCUUCCUCAGAGGGCGAACCCUUUGGCUCAGCUCAGAACACCAGCGCCGUCACGCAGGAACCAGCAGCGCCCCGUGGUGCCCAUCACGCCGCUGCCCCCCUACUCUGACAUGGACACGCCGGAGCUCAAGAACAAGCUCAACAGGUUUGGGGUUCGGCCUUUACCGAAGCGCCAGAUGAUCCUCAAACUGAAGGAGAUCCACCAGUACACCCACCAGCUGGUCAGCUCUGAGGAAGAGGAGGAGGAGGAGGAGGAAGGACCCUCGGCCACAGUUCCGACGAAUCGCCCGACCGCCGGGUCACACGUUCCUGGAGACCGAGCGGUCUCCUGCACCCAGAGAGUGAAGUUCAAAGAGCCCACAGCGCCGCCCAGAGAGGAGGAGGAGGAGGAGGAGGAGGCGGGGCUUCAUUCUGCCUCGCAGGGCUCCAACAGCUCGUCAACCGCCGCCAGUGAAGACUCUGAAAGCAGGUCCAACCCCGAGCUGUGCCUCCCCUCCGACUCCGACAGCGACGGCGGCAUCUCGGCCUCCCAGACGGCGAGCCGCCACCAGGACCGUCUGCGGGCGGUGCGCUCCUUCAUCCUGGCCGACCCGCGGCUGUACGGUCAGAUCCUGCGGUACCGGCCUCUGGUGCUGUCUCAGUUCCAGGAGCGCCUCAAAGCGGCCGGGAUCCGUCUGGCUGCCACCAAGCUGCUGGACUACCUGGACUCCCAGUGCAUCACCGUCACCACGGCCAAGCCGGGCCACAGGAGGCGGGGCCAGAGGCCCAAGGCAGCGGGGGACCGGGGGGCGGGCCGCAGAAGACCGGCUACGGCCCCCAGUUAAAACGUUCGACCCGCAUGGAGCCGCUUGGAGCUUCUCUGACGAUGACUUGGGGCAGAUCUUGGUAGAAGUUGAUUCCUCGAGAGUUGACGUCGGGGUUUUAUGUUAAAUUAUGUUUCAGGACCGAUUCUGCAAUCUAGAUUUUCAGGUUCUAAUGUUACAUUAUGAACCCACUUUGUAAAUAAUAAUAAAAAGUUAAGGAUGACGUGUAUAUAUGAAAUGGAUUUGAAGCAUCCCGUCAUCUUAUGUGUGCGAUGGUAACGUCCCAAUAAAAAAAAUAUUUCAAUUUCAAGUUUCAA